AUGAAGAGAAAAUUACCUACAAACAAGACGAAGGUUUGCACAAUUGAUCGAGCUUAUAAAGAUCAAACAGACAGUGAUGAAGAUGUUUAUGGCACUUCAUUAAUGUCAGAAGAUGGCAAUGAAUCAAUAAUGAAGUUGUUGGGGUCUUCAUUUCUCAUUAUGAUAUCGAAUAUGACUCUUGAUAUUGACAGAUGUUUGUCAAAUAUUCUCGCAUUUAAAUCUUUUAUUUCAUUCAAAAUAAAACGUUCACCAUUACUCGAAAAUAUCAUCCCGACACUUUUGCAUAGAAGAGAAAAACAAGUUGUGGCGAUGUUAUAG